AUGCGUAAUUGGGAUUUGGUGGAUGAUAUAGGUGCAUGUACAAGCGAUAGAGAUUGGUCAGAUGUACAAAAAGUAUGUGAACAAUUAGAAAUACCUUGCAAUCAGAUUAAUCUUACUAAAGAAUAUUGGUUAAAUGUGUUUAUUAAAAUGAUUCAUGAUUAUGAAAAUGGUAUAACGCCUAAUCCUGAUAUUAUAUGCAAUCGUGAAAUUAAAUUUGGAGUGUUCUUGGAUAAAUGUUUGAAUUCUUCUACAUCAAUCAGUCAAAAUGAAAAUAGUACAACUUGGAUUGCAACAGGACAUCAUGCUAGACUCGACUAG